UUAAAGCCACACGUUAUGGAUCUCCUUUCGGUUUUUUAAAUGGUAUGAACUGUGAGACAGGAAUUGUUUGCUGACUAUUCAUCCAUUUUUGCAUAUAUGAAUUUGAACAUGAAGGAUGAAAUUUAUUUUUCUACUUAAAUAAAUGAUCACUCUUGUUCCACCACUGAAAGGAAUUCGUAUACAAAGAACCAGAUAGAUGGAGAAGAAGGAAACAAAGCUUUCUUCACCUCAAACCAAAAUGGGUUCCCAAAAUGUUAACACUUCACAAUCCCAAAUACACAUCAAGGGUGGCUUCAUUACCAUGCCUUUCAUCAUAGCAAAUGAAACACUUGCUAGGGUGGCAACAUUAGGAUUAUUACCAAAUAUGAUAGUUUAUUUGAUGGGAAGUUACAAUAUUCAUUUAUCUCAAGCUACACAAAUACUCCUUUUAUCUGUUGCAACCACUAAUUUCAUGCCUCUUCCUGGUUCUUUCAUUGCUGACUCUCAUUUGGGCAGGUUUCUUGCUGUUGGUUUAGGUUCCAUCAUCACUUUCAUGGGAAUGGUACUCUUGUGGCUAACAGCAAUGAUCCCACAAGCAAGGCCUCCUCCUUGCAAUCCUGCAACUGAAACAUGUAAAUAUGCAACGACCGGACAAAUGGCGAUGUUAAUUUCUUCCCUUGCUCUUAUGUCCAUUGGAAAUGGCGGCCUUCAAUGCUCCAUAGCAUUCGGCGCAGACCAGGUGAAUAGAGAAGACAAUCCCAAUAACCAAAGAUCCUUGGAAAUAUUCUUCAGUUGGUAUUAUGCUUCCUCAGCUAUUUCUGUCAUAAUUGCAUUCACCGGAAUAGUAUAUAUCCAAGAUCAUUUUGGAUGGAAACUCGGUUUCGGUGUUCCAGCAGCACUUAUGUUCUUUUCCACUUUCUUCUUCUUCCUCGCUUCUCCGCUUUAUGUAAAGAAUAAAACAAAUAGCAGCUUGUUCACCGGCUUUUUACGAGUGAUUGUUGCAGCUUAUAAAAAUAGGAAACUAAGAUUACCGCCUAAGAACUCGGCUAAAAUGUACCAUCAUAUGAAGGACUCUGAACUUGCUGUUCCAACUGAUAAACUAAGGUUUCUGAACAAAGCUUGCUUCAUUAGAAGUCCAGAAAAAGAUACAGCUUUUGAUGGAUCAGCCUCAGAUCCUUGGAGUUUAUGCACAAUAGAUCAAGUUGAAGAAUUAAAAGCCAUAAUCAAAGUUAUUCCCUUAUGGUCUACAAGUAUCAUGAUGUCACUUAACAUUGGAGGCUCAUUUGGAUUACUGCAAGCAAAAUCACUGAACAGGCACAUCACUCGGAACUUCGAAGUUCCAGCCGGUUCUCUUACCGUAAUCAUGAUAUUCGCAUUAUUUAUAUGGAUAGCUCUUUACGACCGUGUCGUUAUUCCAUUAGCCUCGAAGAUCAUCGGCAAACCAGUUAGGAUUAGUGCAAAGACUAGAAUAGGACUUGGAUUGUUUUUCUCGUUUCUCCACUUGGUAACUGCGGCGAUUGUGGAGACUAUAAGGCGAAGAAGAGCGAUCGACGAAGGAUAUGGCGAAGAUCCUCAUGCAGUGUUGAAUAUGUCUGCAAUGUGGCUUUUUCCUCAACUUUGUUUGGGUGGCAUAGCUGAAGCAUUCAAUGCUAUAGGCCAAAAUGAGUUCUACUACACCGAGUUUCCUAAGACUAUGUCGAGUAUCGCUUCGUCUCUUUUCGGACUUGGAAUGGCCGUCGGAUACGUGAUGUCUUCUUUGUUAUUCGGCAUUGUCGAAAGUGUUACGUCGAAAGGAGGAAAAGAUGGAUGGAUUUUGGAUAAUAUUAACAAGGGUCGUUUCGACAAGUACUAUUGGGUUAUUGCUGCAGUGAGUGGUGUUAAUAUAUUGUAUUAUCUUGUCUGUAGUUGGGCUUAUGAAACUCCUGCUGAUAUCGUAGAAUCAAAGGUAAUCGAAGAAAAUGGUUCAAACGAGGAAGAGUUACCAUUAAUUUAGUUGAGAAAUGAGGAACUUUAAAACAAGGACAGGAGUAGGUGUCGGGGAAGGUGAUCACGAAGGGGCCUAAAGUGGGAAGUUUGUUUCCACUUCAAUUUAUUUUCAAUCAUUUAUCUCUUGCUUGUAAUAAUAUUUUGAAUUCUUGUGAGAAUUGACAUCGAAAAUUGGGUCAUCCAAACUCUGUUAUUUUGUCUCAUUUAGUUAAAACUGGUUUGUUGGGAAAUAAAAAUGUUGUUUAUAAUGCUUCUUUGCCAUGUUUUGUUUGCAAAUUGGCUAAAAGUAAAGCAUUUCCUUUUCGUCUGGUGCUCAUCGUGCUUCCACUUGUUUUGAGUGUGAUGUAUGGGGAAUGUCUCUUGUAACUUCUCAUGCUCACUAUAAAUAUUUUGUCACA